AUGAGCGAUGACUUGUUUGCAAAGGCUUUAGAAAACCCGGAUCAGGACUUGCAGUUGGAACUUCCCAAGGAUGACGUUGAUUUGGAGCUCUUGGGUGACGAUGCGGAUGAAAUUAAGAACGAUGAGGCUGUGGAAGGCAGUUCCUCCGACUCGUCUGAUUCGGAAUCGUCAGGCAGUGAAGAUGCGUCUGAUGCGGAAGAGGCCGGAGAUGAGGAUGGGGCUGAAGACGAGGAUCAGGAUGAGGAUGAAGACGAGGAUCCUUCAUCCGCGGGCCCCAUAAUAUCCAAAAACGAGAUACUGGAGGAAACCGUUCCAGACUUGCCGGAGGACUAUGAGAUUUCUGACAAGACCAUCAUUACCCCCAUAGGUGUCUUGAAGUCUGCGUUUGAAAACAACAUCAUUAUACAUGCCACGUUGUCGGGUGAAAAACGUGUUUUGAAAGAGGGCUCCAUCUUCUGUCUCGAGGACAGGACUUUGGUUGGGCUCUUGGCGGAAGUGUUUGGGCCCUUGCAGAAUCCCUUCUAUAGAAUCAGACUGCCUGACUCGAAGAUGGCCUUGUUUGACGAUUUGAAAGCCCGGUUGGGUGAAAAGGCGUUCAUCGUCACUCCGGAUGCCCACUGGAUAGACACUUUUGAGUUGAAGCGCAACAGAGGUACCGAUGCGUCUAACGGGUAUGACGAAGAAUUACCUGAAGAGGAACAAGAAUUUUCUGACGACGAAAAGGAAGCCCUCUUCAAGAAAAUGAAAAAACAGCAACAGCAGCAACAGAGAAAGAAAAGGGACAACCGCAAGCAGCCCAAUGAUUUCGACACUACGAAAGUGAAGAAGGCCCGUCAACCAAGGCCAACAAAUCUGCCUAAAUUGGUGCCACCAAUGGGCAUGAAUAGUAAUGGGAGCAAAGGUGCUGCGCUGCAACAUGGGUACAAAUCGAGAAAUGCUCGUGAAAAUACUAAGCAUGAUGGCAAUGCGGCACCUAGCCAAAACCGCCCGGCUCAGAUGCCAGUGAGACAGCAAUCACCACCACCACCACAACAACAACAACAACAAGUUCCUGUAAAUAACUACCCAUAUCUACCACAGCCAAACGGUAUGCCAUAUCCCCCCUACCCCCCUUUCCCACAACCAUCCAACUUCCAAUACCCAGCYCCACCUUUCGGCCAAGUGCCACCGGCCCAAUUCCCCAACGCAGGGCCAUAUAACAACGUGCCACCUGCGUACAACAAUCUUCCACUUCCAAUUCAAGCUCCGUUUAUGCAAAUGCCUCAGGGCCAACCGCCACAUCCAUAUGGUGCGCCUUCCAUGGGUCAAAUGCAGAACCCGAUGUAUAUGCAGCCACCACCUCAAAUGCCACCUCAAGGGAAUGGCAACUUCCAACAGGUGAUGGAACUGCACCAAAUACUUUUGCAGCAACAGCAACAGCAACAGCAACAGCAACAGCAACAGCAACAGCAACAGCAACAGCAACACGAGCAUCAACAGGAGCCACGUAAUUAG